GGCAGCUUCCGUAGGGCGACAGACAGCGUACGCGUACGCUUCCAAUAUUAUACCUCCUAUGUCAUUGAUAAAAGCUUCGUUUUUGCGUAACACAAGCGCGACAGAGGAUUCUGACAAUUAAGGUGUAGUACGCGUAAAAGGGACGGAAGAUUUCCCAGCCCUUGCUCCCCAAUUGCCGCCGCCCUGGGUUAGUUCUCGCGCCCUCCGCUAGUCGCCGCUACGAGUCCGCCCUAGCAGCAUGAUAUUAUCGUUUCGUUGUUUCAUGUAAACAAACAGUUUUGUAUAUUAAAUUGUGUAUGUUGACUGGUUCAUUUAUGUGUUAAGUGUUUUGUGUAGCCGUAGAAACUUUCCUAAGUUGGGAACUCCGUCAUGAAGUCAUGACUGAUGUAAACAGUGAAGGGGACUAACGAUGCUGAAUCGGACGUUGCGCGAGUACAUAGUAGAAUUAACGUAGUUAAUAUUUUUUACGCUAAUUUAUAGUACAAACGUAUCGAACUUAUCGCUGCCAACUCGCUAUUUCCUCAAUACAUCAGUUUUAUCAAGUAGUUUAGGCGAAAACAAUGCCAGAGGUACUCGUAAAUAGCUGGUAUCUUGGAGGUUGUGAUUUUUCGUGAGAAUAGAGGGGUGGGGUCCGGUAAUGUGUGAAGAUAAGGAGGAGACGCGGAGUGAGGCCCCGGGGCCGAGCCCCAAGCGACUGUGCUGGCCCCGGCGGCCCCCCGCGCCCCUGCCCGACACUAGGGGGCUCUGCUGUGCCAAGCUCCUAAGGAAGAAUGGGAAACCUAAGAAGGUGUUGAUGUUCCCAGAGGAAGGCUGGGCUCGGAGCGCGUCAUCCUCCUACUGGACCCUGCAGCCGUGUUGGUGGCGGAGGUCGCGCUGCAAGGUGGUCGAGGUCGCAGGCACCAGAAGACACAGCACUCACGCGCGGAUGGUAGUGAGCGGGGGCAACGCGGUGUACAUCGUAGGGACGUUCAAACAUCUCGGCACCGACGCUGAUUUUAAGUUAUACCUAACAAGCAACGUGACGCAAGCGGAUUUUAACAUGGGCUACACGAUGACGGGCACGCUGGAGCGUGGCUGCCGCUCCACCAACACCUUCCAGAUGACGCAUUUUGCCGUACUGCGGCGCUGCGACCACGACGCGCUCCAUCUCAAGUCUUCUUAGACCUCGUAUCAAAACCGAACAGAAAUGGACGUCUCAUGAGCUCGAAAAUUUAUUUAUUUAUUUCUUAACACCAAAAUAAUUGUUUACGUUGGAAAACUGGUAGGCAGUUUGUUAAAUGAUUGAUGUUCUCAAGACUUUUUAGAUUGCUCUAUUAUAUUUAUUAGUCAAAUCAAGCUACUCUCGGAAAUUGAUAUAUGAGUUUUUUUUUAUUCCUUACAUUAUUAUUCUAUUCACUAACAGAUAUCAAAACAGUGCCUAAUGAAAUCCCUAUUACUUUAUUGUGCAUCUAUAUUAAUGUGAUUUACAUGUUCUACUCCUGCAUUAAGUGAGUUUGUAUAAAUAAAAAGGACAUUUCAGAAAAAAACUUUGGAAUCUAUUAGGUGCUCUAAGGUUGAUUAUAUUCUAAUUACGUAAAAUGCCAUUAGUUGGAAAUCAUUACAUAAAUGCUUUAGAAACGGUAAAAAAUACAUUGAAAGAGUAGGUACAGUACAGAACAAUUAGCCGCCGAAGAAGCUAGUGAUUUCAAUUUGAAAUCCUACGAUAUCCCAUUUGAACUCAAAAACUUUUGUCAUUAGAAUGCUAUUCGUCCAUCAUGAGCUAUCUUUCAGUGUAAAUUUGGCCUUAGGUACUUUUCUUUACUUUUGUGAGCUUAAGUAAAGAGCUUUUGCGAGCGUUUGGAUUAGAAUCAAAAUGUGGAAUUGUUUUGCUUCAAUAAUAUUGAUGGAAAAAUUAUAAAAUGAUCUCGAAUAGAAAUUGCUAGUCAUUGCUUUAAGGUUAGUAUUAAGAUAAUAUUGCCAAGCGAUAUUGUGAUCUCAGACAUCUGAAUAGAGUAAUUCUCAUUUGUUAGAACCAGUAUCUCUGGUAGACUAGGUUGUAUAUACGUAAUUAAAUAUAUUAAUUUGUACAAAUGCUUGAGCUGAAACGCUCUGGAUAAGGUAGAAUGUUAUUUUUAUAAAAUUGAACUUGCCAUUAAAAUAAGUUGUAACAAGUUAUAGCUCAAAAUAUUCAGUAUUAUGUGUGUAAGCUUAAUGUAAUUCUAGAUUUACCGUAAUAUAAUUCCGAUUUUAUUAAAUCUUAAUGUAUGUAGAUGUCAACUAAAAUAUAGUCAGGAGUCAAACGUACCUGCCUUGUGACUGUGUAUGUAACACUGUCUUAGGUAUAUGUAAGUACUUACAUUAGUUGGUCAUAUAAGUAUAAUUAGUAUCAUUUAGUCUGCCUCCAUAGGGUGCCCACUGCUUUUACCAGAGAUGUGCGACAUAUAUGAGCAGGGUGUAAGGAAAAACGCAUAACGAUUUCUCUCGCACACCACCAGUAAUAUGGAAGUCCAAUUUUUUCGCAUUGGGAAAAUAUUAUGUACACGGUUCUCUGCACACCGCUCAUCUAUCUCGUACAUCGCUAGUGGAAAAGCACCCUUACCCUGCUCAUCGAAUGUUUUACAAAUGAAUUGAAAUUCAUUUUAAAAUGGCUGUGAGCGAGAUAUUUUGUUGAACCUUCACGGUCCGACGAGCAAAAUAAUAAUAUAUUGGGCCGUUAUUCUGUUCUCAUUGAUCGCGGAUCGCGGCGGCCCUUAUGCCACAUAAAUGGAAACAUAUUUCGUUUAGAGCAUUUAGGCUGGAAUCGUAAAUCAAUUUGAGCUGUUAUCUCGAUUGCAAUAUCGCUCAAACGCUCUUCGAUUCCUUUGUAGAGAUUUUCGCCUAAUAAUAGUAUUGUAAGACACGAUUGUAUUGAAACACUGCCAUUUAUUGCUUACAUUAGUACGACCAUGUCUAUUUAGGUCAGAAUUAAAAUCGAAUAUUGCAUGUAGGUACAGACAAUAGCCACUCGAUAACAUUUUAGUA